UACUCUAUUUAUGAGGCCCGGCAAUACGCCUGAUCACCACUGGACGUCAGUAGAUUCCAGGUUGAAACUACAGUAGACUGUUUUUCCGUUGAAAAGUGAAACUAUCAAGAAAACUUAGUUCAGACAGAAGUUUCUCAGACGGCGUGAAGGAUGUGUGCUGCUAAAAUGACAGAAGGGAGCGUGCAUGUGGAAUCCUGCAAGGCCCCUAUGUUUUACAGACAAGCUGAACCGGCCACAGGUGAAGUACAUCUGUCUGUCCUGCUUCUGCACGGCAUCCGUUUCUCAUCUGAGAACUGGCUCAAUAUAGGAACACUGGAGACAUUGGCCAAAGCUGGCUGUCGUGCAGUGGCCAUCGACCUACCAGGUUUUGGCCAAUCUAAGUCAGCAGUAGCCCCCUCUGCUGUAGGAGAGCUGGCCCCUGGUGGGUUCCUGAAACAGGUGUGUGAGGCACUGGGGAUGGGGCCAGUGGUUGUGGUCAGUCCCUCCCUGAGUGGCAUGUACUCCCUGCCCUUCCUCUUCCAGCACGAGGCUCUGGUCCGGGCUUACAUCCCGGUGGCUCCCAUCUGCACUGAGAAAUUCACAGCAGAACAGUACAGCAGCAUACAGACUCCAUCUUUGAUUGUCUAUGGAGACCAGGAUGCUCAGCUUGGAGAGGUUUCUCUGAACAACCUGAGGAGCCUGGCUAAUCACAAGGUUGCGGUGAUGAAAGGAGCAGGACAUCCGUGCUACCUGGACGACCCGGCCACGUGGCACAGAGCUCUCACUGACUUUCUCAAUACGUUGUGAUGUUGUUCAGUGUCUUUGGGAUAUCUGUCCAUGGAUGCAGCACUAUACGGCCAUUCUUAAUCCAACACUCCCAGCAUUUAGUUAUAUAAACCAAAUUGAUACUGUAUGUUUGUUAAUUUGUCAAAAGCUAGUUUAGAUUAUAAUUUUUUUAAAUCAAAGACUAGCGUGUGGUGUUUUGGAGACCUGUAACUGUGGUUCAGUACAAUGCUCUUGCUGAUAUACUGUACUUGUACUGUGUGUGUGUGUGUGGCCUAUACAGGAUGUAUGUACCUGACAUGAGUCCUGGUAUUACAAAUGCAAAAACAAACACCACACAAUGAAAUGAAGUGAAAAAUAUGAACAUUAUUUAAUAACUGAUUCUCUGUAAUAAACAAUUUGAAAAUAUUUUACAAGGAGUCACAGACACAAUAUUUUACAAAUUUUGCCCUCUUCUUCUUCUUCUUUUUUUUUAGCUUCAUCAGUACAAAAGAAUGGAGCGAUGUGGACCAAUGCCCAGAGAGAGGGAGCUAAAUCUUCCACGCACACACAUACACUCACACACACCAAAAAUCAAAUCAAAAACGGUUGAUUUCAGAUCUCAAACUUAUCUUCACUUUAUUCCUAUUUUUUACUUCACUUAAAAUUUGACAGAUUUUACUAUUUUUUUUUUCUUUUUUGAUAUAUAUAUAUAUAUUUUACACAUUUGGCAAACAUGGUCACAUAGCACCAGACUACAGAAUCACAUACGCGUCUUUCCCACAGAGACGCACCUACACGGACACAGCAAGGGUAAGGAAGGGCAGGGGAGGAGCCACGUGAAGACCCUCCCUUUGAGGCUGGCCGUAAAGUACACCACUUCCUCUCACCCCAAGCUGUUCCUAUUUUUUUUAUUUUUUUGUGGGGGGGGGGGGGG